AUGAAGUUGAACAUCUCCUACCCUGCCAAUGGCAGCCAGAAGCUGAUCGAGAUCGAGGAUGAGCGUAAGCUCCGCGACUUCAUGGACAAGCGCAUGGGCGCUGAAGUUGCCGGUGACAACCUCGGCGACGAGUUCAAGGGCUACAUCUUCCGCAUCACUGGCGGUAACGACAAGCAGGGUUUCCCCAUGAAGCAGGGUGUCAUGCACCCUACCCGUGUCCGCCUCCUGCUCUCCGACGGCCACUCCUGCUACCGCCCCCGCCGCACCGGUGAGCGCAAGAGAAAGUCCGUCCGUGGCUGCAUCGUCGCCAUGGACCUUUCCGUCCUCGCUCUCGCCAUUGUCAAGCAGGGCGAGCAGGACCUCCCCGGCCUGACCGAUGUCGUCCACCCCAAGCGCCUCGGCCCCAAGCGUGCCACCAAGAUCCGCCGAUUCUUCAGCCUCAGCAAGGAUGACGAUGUCCGCAAGUACGUCAUCCGCCGUGAGGUCCAGCCCAAGGGCGAGGGCAAGAAGCCUUACACCAAGGCCCCCAAGAUCCAGAGACUGGUCACCCCCCAGCGUCUGCAGCACAAGCGCCACCGCAUCGCCCUCAAGCGCCGCCAGUCCGAGAAGGUCAAGGACGAGGCCGCCGAGUACGCCUCCCUCCUUGCCAAGCGUGUCUCCGAGGCCCGUGCCCAGAAGGCCGAGUCCCGCAAGAGAAGAGCCUCUUCCAUGCGCAAGUAA